UGCAGAAAAACUCUGCGGGGCAUUUUCGUUCUUUGUUCACGAUAGUUUAAUAGAAAUGUAAGCACUAAUUCCUGCAGUUAGCAUGCUAACGCUAAGCGUCAGGAUCGGAUAAACCCUCCUUCAUCUCUGCCUUUCAUUCAUCGAGCAAUACAGCUCAUGCGCGAUGAUUUAUCACCAACCUGUGCUGCAUUCGGUCUGUUUCUCGUCAACAUAUCGCAAUUCAUACAGAGUUACGUGUACUGUUAGAUCUGUGCGCGCUCGCGUCCGUCUGAAAGUUGUUUUUUUUAAUGCGCGUUCACGUGCAGUUCAGCCUGAGUGUGAUUGACAGAUGAGCGACCGAGUGUCAGGACUGUUGUGUGCAGUCAGACACCUGUUUGUGUGUCUUUAUUCACCACAUAGGCUUGUCGUUGCGUUGGUUGGUGGAGCUUCAGGAUAAGAAGCACAAAGUAAGGUCUUUACAAUAUCUCUGAAGUGUUUAGUGAAACACAAGUUCUGCGGGAUCUCAGUGCUUUAAAAGGAACAUGUAGUUGCACUCAACAAACAAAUUGUGGAAAGUGGAGGAAAGCCUUUGCUGGGGAAGGAUCCAUCUCAUAUCAGCAGACUUGAGCGGCAAGCGGAAGAAUUCCUGGAUGCAGUCUUACACAGGAAAGAAUACACGCCAAAAAUCCCAGAUCCGCACAUCCCCGUGGUGGCUUGUGGUAUCGUGCAGCAGAUGAUUAAUGAGUUGGCUUCAUACUAUACCUCAAGAAAAAACAGCUCUCAGGACGCGCUUCAGAACAAUGGAAAAAAGGACCAAAGCCUUGUGAAACCUAGCUGUGUCACUUCAUCUCCUGCUGUCAAAAUAGACUCUGUUGCUUCUGCUCAGAAAAAGUUCAUCAUGGUGGACCAAGAUGCCCCGCUGGACCUCUCUCUGAGAAAGGUCAAAGUGGAGGACUUUGAGCAAGAUGGAGUUCUUGACCUUUCGACUAAGAAGAAUUUGAACAAAGGUCAUACAUCUUCAAGGAACUCUCAUGUCAGCCCAGCUACAAAUUCGGUCAAAAGGGACUCCAUCGACCUGAGUCUUGCUGAAGUAAAAGAUCUACAGUCUGUGACCACUUUGGAAGAGUUCACAGCAAAGCUGUGUUUUCAUCACCAACGCCAAAUAGUUGAUGCAUUAGGCUUCUUACAAAGCGAAGUCAAUACCUUGGCUCCUUCCAACCAUUUCCAAGCACUCACUGCAGAUUUGUCUGAGAAGCAGGCGACAACCAGCUGCAGUUAUGCAUCAUUUGAAACCAGGUCUGAGAUUCAGUGGUCUGCGAGAACAUGCUCUGUGGAUGCUGCUGUGAGCAUUAGCAAGACUCAAGACUCAUCUGUUGUCAGGACCAGUCAAAAGCCAACCGCAGAGGCUUUAAAGGCUGAUGUUUCCAGUAUGGCACAUGUAAUGACUGAAAAACUAGUAGAGCUUGACAAGAUGGAAGUUUUGUCAUCUUCAUCUUGUGAAACAGGUGCUGAGUGUGGAAGCUCUCCACCAAAAUCUCUUGUCGUGACAGAGACAACUGCUGAUAAUCUGGUGUUAGGUUCAAGCGUUCAACAAAUUUCAAGUAGCAAUUCUGUGAAGAAGUGUCUAUGCAGUCCUGAGCAAUGCUUGCCAACUUGCACUGCGGAGUCUGACCACGCAGAUUUAUCAAAACGCACACAGAAGUGCUCUUUUGCAAGCGAAGACGUAGUUGUAAAUACCUCCACAGUUCAAAAGACAAUAAAUAUUGUUUCACCAAUAUCCCCAAGAACAGCGAGGAAAAGCAGAAGAGGUUCUUGCCUUAGGCAAAGUAAUGGCUCUUUAAGUUGUCUCAUAAAUGAUCCUGAUAGCCACUGUGACCUAGUGUUUAUAAGAAAAUCAAUAACGGAAUGUCAGCCUCAAUCUCGUAGUCGUCUGCAUCCACGUCAAAAUGCCCGGAAGAGCACCAGAGGACACAAAUAUGUGGAAGAGUACUUGGAAGUAAAAACCGUCCGUACACUAGCUCGUAAAUCUAUAGGGGUUUCCAGUGGGAAUUAUCCAGCUCAUAUGACAGACUUGCACACCUUAGUGAUUCCGAAGCAGGUCCUUUCUGCGUCUGGCAGUGUUCCUCUAGUAAACACGCCUUUUGCAGGAGACUGCAUGAAAAAUGUUAUUCCAAAAUUAUCAUCGGAGCAGAUAGCAGAGAAUGAAAUGCCAGGAGAUGUUGUAAAAGUAACUAGUCUGGAUCUGAUGGUUGAAACCAGUCAGACAGGUAAAUCUGAAAGUAAUAGCCACAUUUUGAGUGAACCGUCAGGAAAACAGAGCGAAUUAACCGUGCAACCAGAUUUGCUCUCAGAAGCUCUCAGUUGUACUCUGAAUGCAGUAGUGCAGGAAAAACACAUGAACAUGGUAGAAGAAAACACAGAAACAACAGAGCUUGUUGUACAGAAAGAAGGAUGUGGCUCCCAAAUGGGGCCCAUGCCAGAAGAGGUGGUGUGUGGUCCUGAAAAUAAAGCUGAGGAGGAUAAAUCUAUGGAGCCAUCGCCGAUCCCUCCAUCACCUAACAUGGCCAAAGAGUGCUCUACUGAUGAAGUCAAUGUGGAACAGAGAAAUGAGAGACACCUAAAGAAGCCCACGGAAGUCGAGACUGCAGCAGAUGUCCAGGAACAGUCGGAGGCAUCCGAAAUAAAGGCGAACAGUGAGGAGGACGGAGGUGCUCAGGGGCAAGGUGUGCUUGACACUGAAGGUAAUCUCCAAACGGCAAACUCUUCCGAGCUACCAGUGAGGAAUCAAGGAGAUUCUGUGCUGACUGAAGUCUCUUCUGUACAACCGCUCGUGAAAUGUCAAGGGAAGGAUACGGAUGUGCAUUCUUCAAAAGUUUUGAAUGCAAAGCACCCAGUGUCCUCAGACAGAUGCUUGCGUAGUAGAAGUUCAAAAGCCAGUGUUGACGUAACGAAAGAGUCUGUGAAGUGUGGUGCUUCUGAUCCUGUUGAUCAUGCCAAUGAUAAAAGCCCAAAGGCGCAUUCUACUGAAACAAAUGUGCAUACUGAGCAGGAGCCUGAUUUGAAAGCUGUAGACAUUCUUGAAACGGCACAGGAGCUUCCUGCUGCCAAACCUUGUAACGGUCUGGUUGUGGAUCACGCGGUCCAAACGAGACCAAAAUCAAGAACCGCAACAACUGUUGGGAGAGAUAAUCAUGCGAGUCCAGGCGUCCAAGUGAAUAAUAAUGAUUUGCCAAGUGUUUUGUCACCUGAGGUUCUUCCAGAGACUGUAAGCACCACCUCUACCACAGAGAGUGGAAAACAUAACAAACUGAAAAGUGAAGCCUCUGAAAGCACUGAACGAAUGCCACUUAGAAAUAAAAGUAGUACUGCUGAGCUAUCAGUUAGUGGACCCUGUUCACCCAGCAAAGAGUCCUCACCAAGCUCUGAAAAUAUGCUUUUGAGAAGCAGAAGUAACACUGAAGGGCCUUCAAGUAGCAAGUCAAUCAGUCCGACAGAAGGCCAUUCAGAGAAGCAAGGGCAGACGCCUUUAAGAAGCGAGCAGGCAACUAACAGAGAUUUGAGUACAUCUUCUGAGGCAGUAACACAUAUGCCUCUUCGAAGCAGAACUGUUAGCUCAGUUAAACCGACUGUUACUAAAGAUUCUCCUGUUAAAAGUUCUGUUAAAAGUGAACAACCUGUCAGUUCACACUCUGGUGCUACCUGUAGAAAACCUGAGGCCAAUGGGCACAUGCCCUUAAGAAGCAGUGCCAGUUUAAUUGCAGAACAGCCCCGUAACAACAAAUCUGCUGUCGUAGAUGCAUCAGAGAGCCCUGGGCGCAUGUCGCUGAGAAGAGGGAAUGUAUCUAAUACUGAGAAGUUGUGUGGCACAACAACAACAACAACACCAACCCCUAGUAGAAACAAACGUCCUCUGAAACAACAGAGGGUUUCAACAUCUUCAAGUGGAGAAGCUGAAGAGAGCCUCUUGAGUUCAAAACUUAAAAUCCACAAUCAGAAGGCCCAGGUGGAGGCCCAGUUAAGAGGCUCGUUGAAUUUGCCAGACGAAUCCUUCCGCAUAGCUAGUCUUAAGGCAACUGAACCUGUUGUUUGCAGCCCCCCGAAAUUUUUGGAGGCGCUAAGGGGUGAAGAACACCAGCAGUUGAUUUCAAAUUUAAAUUCAAAGUUUGAUAAAAUGCACAAAAGUUGGGUUCCAUUGGACAAGGAGGGUCAGCCUGCACCAAAACCCAAAAACAAGGCAGACAGGCUUAAAGAAAUCUGGAAAAGCAAACGCAGAGCACGCAAGUCAAGGCCACUCGAACAGCAGAAGCUAACUGCUGUGCAAAUGCUAUUCAUGAAGCCCUUUGACUUGCCCAGUAUCUGCAGGUGGUUCCUGCAGUCAACUGAAACCAAAUCGCUUGUAAUCGUUAAGAAGGUGAACACCAGACUUCCUUCUGAAACGCAGUUGUGUUUUCACACUUCGGCAGCGGGAGCAGGUUCCUCUCACGGGAUAUUUCCGAGCCUCCAGGCCGAGCGGUUGAAGAAGCACCUGAAAAAGUUUGCUAUUGCGUCACCGGUGAAGAAUAACCCCAAGAAUCAAAGGCUACUCUCAAAAGCAUUAGGUCAGGGUAUUUCUGCGAUGAGGAGUAAAGAAAAGCACGAACCGACAACCGCCACACGAAUCUGCACGAAGGCACAGAGUCUUGCCGGAGCGGCGCAGGCGCAGGCUCCCGAGAGCCUCGCUGUGACCGCAGGCAGUGCGAAAAAUCCAGCGAGCGCUAGAAUUCUUCGGAAAUAUUCCAACAUGCGUGAGAAGCUUCAGGUUCAGCAAAACAAGAAAUGCAAAGAGAAAACCUUCAAAGGUGCUCGUUUGAAGGCGGCAAUACUUCCAAAGAAAGCCAACAAACAAAAACUGACGACGCGUAAAGCGUCAAAGUCUGUGGUUCAGAGGAUCUCAUCUCUGACCAAGACAGCAAAAACAAACUCUGCCCUCAAACAACGGGCUUUGAAAAGGAACCCGUGUCACAAAGACGGUGCCUCUCCAAAGAGGUUGCAGGCACUCAAAAGAAUGACAAAAGCCAUCGGUGCUCUUGAUAAAAGCCGUCGGCCAAACACCUUGAGUAAAAAACGGACACUGAUCAAAACUGGAACCAGUAAAGCACAGCAAAUGAAAGCAAGUCUAACUAAAGUUGACACAAAGAAACCGGUAUUUCAGAAAGGUCCUAGUAAUUUAGAGUCGCAGUCUUCAGAUGUUGACGUUAAACCUCUGACUUUGGAAGACCAAGUGUUAACUAGGUCACAAAGAAAGAUGGAAGGCACCCCUUCACAGACUGGAUCUCCCAAAUCCUCCACAAAGCGAGGCUUGGAACCGCUGGUCACUCCCUCAAAACGUACUAGGACCUCAAAACCAUGAGAAAUGUGUACAGGUACUAGAGACUCAUGUAGAAAUGUUUCAUAAGAACAGGGGGUGCUGAUGCUUUUCAAAAAAUAUUUUUGAAGCUAUUUUUUUAAGCUUGGCAGUACAUUUUCAGAGCUUUGAAUUUAUUGUCGUCUGAGAGAGAUUUGUCUGUGUUAGGUAGUUCGAACAAAGAAUUUUUCCAGAGUUCGUUCUUUUCAUUGUCAAACUUUUUCCAAUUAUGCUUAAAGAAAUGUGUUUGUUAUGGGGAAAAAAGACAUUUCUUGUUCUUGACAGAGCCAUUAAUGUAAAAACAACCAAGUAUUUUAAAUAAAGGUUCUGAUUCCCAUUAAUGGGGCUUUUAAAAUAUGGGUUCUAAAUAACACAAUAACUCUUUUGUUUGUUUGACCGUUGCAUUGUAUAGCUUAUUCGUACAAUAGCUUGGAAUAUUGAACCAGAUAUUAUUUAAGGAAUGAUCCACACUUCUAAAACAAUUAAUUUUAGCUAAUUAAAGUGGCUUUGUAACCUGAAUAAUGUGCCUUUUUUCUUAUCUGUAUUUAUAAGUGAUUGAGGUUGCCUCAAUAAAUCCUCAUUCUGUUUGCACAUA